AUGACCAGCCGCAUGCGGAACUGGGGCGACCUGCGGGAGAAUUUGCAGCAACACAUCCGACUGCUGACCGACGAGGCAUGGCCUCAAGAGGUCCGCGAGGCGCGCCAGAGCUUGUUGCGCCCCUCGCUGGCGGCGGGCUGGUCCCUGACCGAACAUGCGGCCCUCACCAGGACGUCCUAUUUCUCGGGUGAAGGGUCAACAGCCUGCCACAGCCUGCAAUGUGCACAAUGCCCCAUUGGAGAGGUGGCUCUGAGAACAGCCGUGUUGUUGACCUCUUCAAAGGAGAUCCUCGAAGCCUUGAAGACGCCCGACAUGCCCAAGGCCACGCGGAACUUGGUGCUCUAUAGCCUUUGGGAUACGGUGGGGAAGGUGGAUUCGAUGCUCUUCUUGGAGGAUGAGAUCACUUGGUACGAUUUGCUCGAGAGUGGUUGGCCCAUCUUUGGGAUCUUGGCCUCCUUGGGGACGCUGCUGACGGGCAGCAAGUUUGACGUCCGCGACGACUUCAGCGAGCUCAGGAGAGAUCUGGCUCAACUCCUGCGGCCUCAGAGCUCGGCUGAGGAGGUGCAGAGCUACUUGGGCCCCGACCAGUCCUCUUAUCAGCGCUGGUUGGUUUAUGCCCAACAGCGCCGCAGCCAGUGUUUCCCGCCCACGGUCUUGGGGACGCUGCUGGUGGCAGAUGGGGCCAGGAGUAUGGCAAUGCCUCUUCCCAUGGAGGACUUCCUGCGCAUCGUGCAGAGCGACAUGCGCGGCUGUCGGGGUCCGAUGGACAACCUGGUGGAGUUGCUCCAAUGGCCUUGGCCGCUUUUUGAGGCAGUCGAUUGGCUCCAGACUCCAGCGAUGGUGCAUGUCCGUAUCCAGCCCUCCCAGCUUCAGCAACGCUUCAGAUGGCAACCUGAGACCACAGGCCAGAGCUUUUGCGUGGGGUAG